UUAAAACAAUCUCACCGCUCAAUAUGAUAUCUAGUGCUACCAUUGUUUUGAUACCAGGUGGUUGGGUAACUAUGUGUUUCGAUAAUCUACGACCAUUCCUUUAAACUCACUGAGCUUUGUUUUUUCCACUACUAGGUAUUGAAUAAAGAUGGUCACCUACUCUCAUUACAAUUCAAUGAUUAUGGACAGAGUCUCAACGAAUGGCUUGACAGCUAUGUAGAAUUUUUUCGGUUUCAGCAUUUUCGCAUCCAUAGCACAAAUAUGCCUGUUUCCGUCCUUAAUAAAAACCUCUAAAACUAAUCAGCCAGUCUUAACAGCAGUUGUUUCCAAAAAUAGAGACAUGGUUUAGUUGUGAUAAAGAUAGAUUCAACCCAUUUGGCAGGUAUGACUUCAUGCAUCUGGAACUGAGCCCUGUUAUAUACAUUUAUGGUAGCUGUACUUUACGCACCGACUGAAUGUUUGGGAAAAAAUUUAGAUAUUUCCUUUCCAUGGAAUCAUACAAGGGUGAAAUCAUAACUCUCCAAGCGGGUCCUUUAGCUAACCGAGUCUGCGCUCAUUAUUGGAACUUGCAAGAAUAUGGAUUUUUCAAUAAGUCAAGAACUAACGAAUGUGAGUUCCCUUUCACGUAUAAAGUUCUGUUUGAUGAUAGUACACGCGAACCAAAACCACAUGCGUUAGCCAUUGACAUACGCGAUGUUGUCGAUUUCGGAAGUGAACUUGAUCCUGAUUUAAUCCCAACUCCACUCGACAUUCCUUCUUGGGACAGUCAAGUGGAUAAAGUUGUGCGUUGCCCAUCUACAUCGACCAAAAAUAAACAUCAUUAUAAUUGGACCAACUGUUUGUCUCCUCUUGCUCGACGAAUAUGGUCCCGUAAUGAUACUGUUCUAAAACUGCCGUUAUCAUUACAACCUAUUCCUGACGAGUCUUCUGUUAAUGGAAUUCAUCAAUCUGAUGCUGUCUGUAGCCUUUCUACAUUUACUGAGGGACAAAAUGUAUUUCGUUCUGGAAGCAAGGUAGCCGACGAAUGUGAUGAUCGUAUCCGUCGUAUUUCAGAGCGUUGUGCAUUUCCAAACAGCUUCCAACUGGUUGUAGAUGCUGAAGAUGGCUUCACUGGUAUUGGAUCUCAGCUUUUAGAAAAUAUCAGCGAAGAAUUCCCAAAGGCGUUCAUUUUUUCGGUUCCUGUUUAUAACUCAUCAGUUGUAUCACGUAUGGAUGCGCGUCUGAAGAAGUUAACCGUAGUAAAUCAGUUGUGCUUACUAAAUAUAUUGGAAUAUGGGGAUCUUCUAAGUCAUGCAUGUUGGUUACCUAUAGAUGCAUCACAGUUGUAUGACCAUCUUCAUCCCUGUAAAAAAAUGAGUGUCUUAGCUUCUGUUAUUGAUACAGUUACAACCCCUUCCAAGUUGGCGAUUGAAUAUGGUGGUAUGAGUUUAGAUAACUUCUUGUCUGUGACAUGUUUUGCACAAGGUAGAAAGAUGCUCACUGUACAAACUGGAGUUAAUUGUAAUGGAAUGGUAGAUAAUCAUUUAUCAUGGUAUAAUCUUAAUCCUUAUUACAAUCAAGGAAAAGUAAUAGCUGGUAAAAAUGUACCUUCUGAAGCUGUACUAUGUCGUCAGUUAAUGUCUCGAGGAAUUAAACAGUCUACUCUCUUGAAUGAUAUACGGAAUGUGUUCAGUCAAACAGUUGAUUCACAUAAAACUGUUAACAAUUCUUCAAUUGGCAUAGAUAUUCCAUAUUUAUGCUCAUUAGAAUCAAUUCAUUCAGUUUAUUCAUUGCCUAACUAUCCAUUACAAACUGGUAUUACUAAACAAACUAUGUUAUCAUCAUCUUCAAUGCAUUGUCAACAAUAUACAAAUACACAUAUGUCAUGUGUUGUUGAUAUUCCAAAUACAAAUUCAUAUGAAGCAAAAAUGUUAGAAAAACUUGUAAAUUCUUUAUUAUUGCAUAAAUCUCAUCCAUUAGAUAGUUAUAUGGAAUUAGAGAUAUGGAAUGAUUUUUUAGAGUCUAUUCAAACACGUUUAGUUGAUUCAUAUUUGAAACAGUGAAAUCAACUUCUAUGAUAAUUGUAAAAAGGAAAUUAUAUUUUUUAAAGACUUUUAGGUUUCUGCAUUUAAUUCCUUUUGUAUAUUAUUUUCUCUGUAUUACUUAGCUUUGAUUUGUAUGUUAACACUUAAAAAUCAGUGUUACAUUCUGUUCUGUUGAGUAUUGAUUUGUUAUAAAUAGUAUUCGAGUCCUGCUGUAUUUAUUGUAAAGCAUCUCACUUUCUAGCGAUCGUCAAUUUUUAGGUGUUUCUUUGUCAUUGAUUCAAUGAACUGUGUUGGUGGUUUUCGCAUCCUUUAUAUUUUCAUGGCGUGGUAACUAGUAUCUGUUUUUCAGUAUGACUAAUCAUGUAUUAAAUUUCGUAACAUAACUUUCACUAUUCUGUCAACAGAACUGGAAAAAAGUAAUUAUUUGCGCAUAAUAGUCAUCUUUUAUUAUUAUCGGCCAAAGAAGAAUCCAAGAUCGAGAAUUACGAGUUAACUGUUUUGUUAUACUUUUGAGCGAUUUGUGUACGGGUUCUAAGUCAGCUACGAAAUCAAAUUCAUUCAUUUAUUGUGUUGGUAUUCAGGUGUCUAAAUUCCAACUAUUUGCGGAUAUUAUUUGACCAUAAUAUAAUGCUACCAAUAAACAUACAUUCUCUGACUAAGAAGAAACAGUUUGUGGUAAGAGUAUAAUAUAAAGCGGAUGAGUUUUCUAAAUAAAUACACCGUCUGUUUAAUAACGGUUAUCAUGGCAAUUAAUAUACGAAACCUAAGAAAUUGUCUCAAAGCUAGUCCACUACAAUCCCGUAGAUGUCUAUGGUGACCGUAAUUCACUGACAGUCAUGCUAUAGAAAACCGGUCAUAUCACUACGUUAUGAAGAACUGGUUGGGAAAACUAUUUCAGUGCCUAUAAUGUCGGCGUCCCUUUUACAUACAGAAGGACUUGAAAGUUAUUGCAUUAAGUUUACUGAGUAUAGUUGAUCAUACUUAGGUCUGCAACAUGGAAGAUCGGCUUAUAAGAUUGUGACUCUUUAUCGACUGUGCUACGUUGGUAUAUGCUCGUUUCAGAUGCUAGGUGACAUGCCUCGGAAUCGGCCACAAUCACACAGAUGCAUUUACUCUUUAUCUCACUGUUGGUCCUGAUUCCCAAAAUUAUUAUAUACUUUUUAUUUUGCGAACACAUUUUUCUCGAAUCAUAUUCUUUAUCAGUAUUUUUUUGCUACCAUCGAUACUUCCAUUAGUUUGAUGUUCAUCGUGAUAAUUUCAUGUAACUGUGUUGUUGCAUUGUAGGAAUUUGAAUUUAUUCGCACACUUAAUUGUUUCUAGUUUAUUUGCGACUGACAGAUGCACAUAACGAUCAUCUAAAUCUGCAGCUCUUUCAGAUUUUGGUUACAUGAAGAUUUAUAAAUUUUAAAUGCCUCAAUGUAACUAACCGAAAUAUCACAAAAGUUAUUCAAAAAAGUAACUAAAUAGAUGAUGAGCAACUUUUUGUUUCAAUAGAUAAACUAGCUUUUGUACAACCGGAUGUUUUCUGUUAAUCAUUGGCAAGUUUUAUGCAUACUUCAUCAUUGGAUUUGGCUGUUUCAUUGAAAGCAGUUGAUUUAUAUUGUUAUGAUAAUAAAUGUAUGAACAAAUUAUUGAUAUUAUCUGUGAUUCCAUAGAGAUGUACACAAUUCUUCUUUUAAUUAGUAAUGCAUUGGUGAUAGAUUUUGAGAGAAGGUAUUAAAAAUAGCGUGAAUAGUUAUUUCAUAAUUAUAAUGGCAAUAGUCAUAGCUUUUCAAUAAUCAGCAGAUUUUAAUGUUGCGUGUAACUAUUAUCAAUUAUUUGCUGAAAUUCUUU